AUGUCUUGCCCAGGAAUGCAGGAGACCUGCCUCCGUCCCUCGCUCCCUCGCUCCCUCGGCGAGCGGCCGCCUUGCAAGGCCGCCGGCUUGCGACUUGAGGCUUGGGACUCGCGCCGGGGUGGAGAACGACCAGAAGAGAAGAGGGAUAAGAGAAAGAGGAACGGAGAGGACGCCGCUUGGCUCCAGGCGAGACGGUCGUUGAGAGGAAGCGGUAGUUGCCUUAUUCUUGAGCGUCGGUCAUUCAUCAUGGCCAUCGACAACCCUGGGUUGUGGCUCGGCUUGGAAGAUAUCGACUACUUUGGCAUCGGUAUAGGUGCAGAGCUUGCGGCACCCAACUCCCAGCGCGCCAGGAGUCAAUCGCCUGGCGGCUUAAGCAUCAGUCUGGAACCAAGUGGAAAGACAGGCGACUUCCUGUACAAAGGCGACGCGGACUUGCUGCGCUUUCGUCGUUCGACUGCCACCUCUCUAUACUCGGUCAUAGCCGGCGAUGAGGCUCCAUUCAAAGAUGUCGUUCCGGAAGAGAAAGACGUACGGCAGGUAGAACAGCCGGACAAUAAAUACCCAGCAACACCAGUAGCAUCCUCUUCGACCAGCCUUUCGACGACACCGACAUUUACCGGGCCGUUGGAAUCGUAUCUGACGUGUCCCCAGUCACAUGAGAAGCGGGCUUUGUCUCUGUCUCGCGACGACGAUCGGGAACAAUCAUCAAUUCCCUCGGACACCGGCUCCCUCGUCAUGGGCCCCGGAGACUCAAGGCUCGGAUAUCUGAUGGAGCGCUACCUGGCCUCUGAAGAAGACGGCGAAUUCUUGGAAGACCGCCUGGGACACAUGCGUUCGGAACAGGGGAAUGAUGAUACCCCUAAUACUCCAAGGCUAGAACCCGAGACAGAUCCGCCAUCAGGGGAUGCUCCCUUCGUUUUGAACCCGUCGAUAGCACCGACGACGGGCCCAAGUACAGGCAACGUCAAUCCCAUUGCUGGCAUGCUAGGUGACCCCAUUGAAGUGGGCCAUGAUCGUCAGAGUCCGGAUUCAGGGAUAUUCGACAUGGAGGCAGACGAACUCCAUCACCUUUUGUAA